AUGCGUUAUUCUUCGCAUUUCUUUUAUGCUUCUAUUCUCUUGACUUUUUAUGACAAUCCUUUUCUCUCUGUUUCAACAUUUUUACAGCUGGAAGAGAAGGAUGAAGUAAUUGAGGCUAAAGAAGAACAGAUUCGUGAUAUGCGCAACCGACUGGAACAGACCAGGAAGAUGAAUGACGCCCUGCGUAAUUUGAUGGAGAGGGACCCAGAAGAGAAGACAGUAAGUUUGAUAUCUUAUAAGCUUGCGCUGCUUUAA